CUUUUGGACGAUGGCGAAAGGAACCACGAAAGGGGGCGGCCAUGGCGGGGCAAGCAACGCGAAGGAGAUGAAGAUGUUUAUGAAGAAUCGCAUGUGGCGAGACCAUUGGCAAGUUAUUGCUGGAGCGUCAGUGGUUGUGGUGGCGCUCUUUUGCUGGUCCUUUCUUCAAGCUGCUAAUUCGACCAACAGCAUCCACUUCAUCCACCUCGGCAAUCGUGAAGACAUCGAUCGAGUGUUUCGAUCGGGUGAGCCGUGGCUUGUCCUGUGCUCCAAGCCCGACGCCAUACUUCCAGACGUGUUUGACAAGGCGUCCAAGCGGUUGGUAGGAAAGGCGGUCCAUGUCGGCGUUGUCGACUGCCACGACAAACUCCCGUCAGGCAAGUCAGUGUUUAAGAAGUUCCUCCUUCGCGACGACAUCUCCCCAACCGUAUUUACCAUCGCAAAUGGAGAAAAGCCCAAGCAACUCUUCUUGAACUACCUCCAAAAACCAAAGGCCCUUGUCGCGCAGACCCUGGUUCAAGUACAAAAGCAGUUGCAUGAAGUGCAAAACACCAAGCAGCUUGAAGACAAGUGCCUCGGAAAGACAGCGACGGCAUGUGUGUUGAUCCAUCGCAACGGCAAGCAAAAAUUUGAUGAGUACCAGAAGCAGUGGAUUCAGGCGCUCAUGCACGAGCAUCGCCUGGUCAAGUUUGUCUGGAUGGACGCGUCGAUCCUGAAGCUGUCGGUCGAUUCCCUAUUUAAGAAACCCAUCACGGACAGCUCCCACCACCGCCUCGUCCUGUUCAAGAGGGCGACGAAAGCCCGCGACGAUAUAACGAGCCCCGCGUCAUGGUCGGCCAAAGCGUACACGUCCUACUUCGACAAACUGCCUGUGCAAACCUUCCUGAACGAGCAUGCUAUCGGCGAUGUGUCGUCCGACUCGUUUCGCCUGUUGACCAAGGAAGUGACAGUAAAGCGCCGCCCAAAGAAGCAACCAGCGACGCAGACCCCGCAAGAGAUUGCCGAGCGCGAGCGCCAGCGCCGCGAAAGAAUGGAUGAGGCGAGUAAGGAGCAUUUCCCCCAAGGUGUCGACGAAAACGAGCUCCAAGAGGAUCUCCCAUCGAGCGACCGUGCCAUCCAUGAAGAUAUCGAGGUGCUCGACUUGGACGAGUUGUAGGCAUGAUCCACGACAAAUUACAACGUCAUGAGUGCUGGACUCGUCGACAUCGAAAUGCGUCGGACAAAUUCUGACCACCUCCAUGAAGAAGGGUGUGGAGUGGAAGCUGUCCACCGCUGGCCGUUGUCGUUGUCGCGUAGGUCAGCUCAGGAUGACGUCGUGGGCAAAGUGUUUGUGGCACGUGCACCUCGCACAACAUGGCGAUCGACUGGUACGGUCAAACGAAAUGCAUGUGCGACUUGUGGAUGGCGUUAGAAAAACUGGAGUCUAUGCUGUGGAA